AUGAGAAGCGCAGAGACAGAAAAUGGAAUGAUGCUGACAAUCUGGGUUGAAAGCAAAUCUACCGACUUUGAAGUUCAUCGCAACUGGCUUGCGAUCACUCAUUCUCUCCCGGUCAAGGAAUGGUACUAUGAGAAAACAUCAGAAUGGACUCUGGAUUAUCCUCCGUUCUUUGCUGGGCUAGAAUGGUGUCUAUCCCAGAUUGCUGCAUUCAUGGACCCGGACAUGCUCAAGGUGCAGAACCAAAACUAUGACUCCUGGCAAACGGUGUACUUCCAGCGGAGCUCAGUUAUUAUUCUUGAGCUGAUGCUUGUUUAUGCUUUGAAUAGAUAUAUCAAGUCUGCACCGAACCAAGCGGCUAAGGAACUGGCCCAUGCCGCCAGCUUGUCAAUUCUACUCUCUCCUGGCCUGCUGAUCAUUGACCAUGUUCAUUUCCAGUACAACGGGUUCUUGUAUGGGAUCCUUAUCCUUUCAAUUGUCCUGGCACGAAGGCAGUCUACCCUGUUAUACAGUGGCAUUACCUUCGCUAUUCUACUCUGUUUUAAGCACAUAUACCUCUACCUAUCGCUUGCAUGGUUUGUUUAUCUUCUGCGGGCCUAUUGCCUCCACCCAAGCUCCAUGUUCAGGCCUCAAUUUGGCAACAUCGCGAAGCUCGGAGUGGGGGUUGUGGGCGUUUUUACUGCAGCGUUUGGACCGUUUGCAAAAUGGGGUCAGCUUUCGCAACUUAAGGACAGGCUUUUUCCAUUUUCCAGAGGCCUAUGCCAUGCCUAUUGGGCACCAAAUAUCUGGGCAAUGUACUCUUUUCUAGAUCGAGUACUUAUACUUGUUGGAGACACUGCCUUUGCUGUCCUUCCAGAGAUUACAAAAGAAUAUACCUUUGGGCUGACGUUUGUAUUCCAAGCUGUGAGUUUUCCACCCAUGAGCCAACUUAAAUAUAUAACUACGAAAGAGGACUACGAGACUAACUACGUCCAGCUAUGCCUUGUGAAGUUGUGGUUCCAACCUGACUGGGACACCUUUGUGGGGGCAGUGACCAACUGUGCAUUUGCAGCCUUUCUCUUUGGCUGGCACGUCCAUGAGAAGGCUGUUCUCCUGAUCAUCAUCCCGUUUAGCCUGCUGGCUCUCAAGGACCGGCGAUACCUAGGAGCCUUCCGCCCACUCGCAGUGGCUGGCCACGUCUCCCUGUUCCCACUUUUAUUCACCGCUGCCGAGUUCCCCGUCAAAACCGUCUACACCAUCCUCUGGCUGGUACUGUUUCUUUUCGUCUUUGGCCGCCUUGCACCAGCCCCAUUGAGACCUCGAGUAUUCUUACUUGAUCGAUUUUCGCUGCUCUACGACACUGUAUCGAUACCUCUGAUUGUCUAUUGCUCCCUGGUACAUGGAAUGGUGUUUGGAAAGCGAUAUGAGUUCCUUCCGCUAAUGUUUACCAGUGCAUAUGCUGCUGUGGGCGUCUUGGGGAGCUGGGCAGGGUUCAUGGUAGUCUAUUUCACUACUUAG